UUAGGCUGUUCCUCUCAGUCUCUGACGCCUAACUCCUAACGCCUCCACCUCCAACGACCACACCAAAAGGCCGCACUUUUAUAAUUUAUUGGAGAGCUUUCAUCGCCCCUUGACGGACUUUCCCACGCUUGUACCUUCAUAUAUACCCUAAAACCUCUCUCCUUCCUUCUCUGUCUGUCUCAUCAUUUGAUUCCCAACCGAAUGGCUUCUUUAGCUCUGCACCCCUCCAAACCUCUCCUCAGAACUCCCUUCAUCUCCUCUUCCCCUCUGCCCCAGUCUCAAUCCUCCACCUCCCUCUCGUUUCCCACGCCUCUCAAAUCGAGCUCUCUCGUCGUCCGGAGCUCCAUCACCUUUGCAUCCCCUUCUUCCGCAGUCGAGGUAUCGAGGGAAAGCACCGUCAAGUCUGUCAAGGCCAGGCAGAUUAUUGACAGCAGAGGGAACCCCACCAUCGAGGUUGAUCUUGUCACUGACCAGCUUUAUCGAUCUGCUGUCCCCAGUGGGGCUUCCACUGGAAUUUACGAGGCUCUGGAGCUCCGGGACGGGGAUAAAAGCGUUUUUGGUGGUAAAGGAGUUCUCAAUGCCGUUAAGAACAUCAAUGAAGUGUUGGGCCCCAAGCUUCUUGGUCUGGAUGUUAGGAAUCAAGCUGAUGUGGAUGCUAUCAUGCUGGAAAUAGAUGGAACUCCUAACAAGUCUAAACUUGGGGCUAAUGCAAUAUUGGGAGUUUCGCUGAGUGUGUGCAGAGCUGGCGCAGGAGCAAAAGGAGUUCCCUUGUACAAGCACAUCCAGGAGAUUUCUGGAACUAAGGAACUUGUCAUGCCAGUCCCAGCUUUUAAUGUCAUAAAUGGUGGCAGUCAUGCUGGAAACAACCUGGCUAUGCAAGAAUUUAUGAUUCUACCAGUUGGAGCAACUUCAUUUGCUGAAGCCCUCCGCAUGGGUAGUGAAGUUUACCAUGUUUUAAAGGGAAUAAUCAAGGCAAAAUAUGGACAAGAUGCUUGUAAUGUCGGAGAUGAAGGAGGAUUUGCUCCAAAUGUUCAGGAUAACAGGGAGGGACUGGUUUUACUUAUUGAUGCCAUCGAGAAGGCUGGUUACACCGGCAAGAUCAAAAUUGGUAUGGAUGUUGCUGCCUCGGAGUUUUACACUAAGGAUGGCAAGUAUGAUCUGAAUUUUAAAAAACAGCCAAAUGAUGGAGCUCAUGUUCAUUCUGCCCAGAGUCUUUGUGAACUAUACAAGGACUUCGUCAAAGAGUUUCCCAUUGUGUCAAUUGAGGAUCCAUUUGACCAAGAUGAUUGGGGCUCUUGGGCUUCGCUACUGUCUUCAGUUGAUAUUCAACUUGUAGGAGAUGAUUUAUUAGUUACAAAUCCAAAGAGGAUAUCAGAAGCCAUCCAGAAGAAGGCCUGCAAUGGUUUGCUUCUGAAGGUUAAUCAGAUUGGGUCAGUAACUGAAUCCAUUCAGGCUGCUCUUGAUUCAAAGGCAGCAGGUUGGAGUGUCAUGGUUAGUCACCGUAGUGGUGAAACUGAGGAUAACUUCAUAGCUGAUCUCUCUGUUGGUUUGGCUAGUGGACAGAUCAAAACUGGAGCCCCCUGCCGAAGUGAGCGAUUGGCAAAGUAUAAUCAGCUUCUCCGCAUUGAGGAGGAACUCGGAAGUGUGCGUUAUGCUGGUGAAGCUUUCAGAUCGCCUUAGGGUGGAUGAGGAAGAAAUUGUAGCGGAGAAAAUCCAAAAUAUUUGGUUUUGCAGAUGACCUUCAAAAGUAGUCAAGACAUCUAAUUGAUGAAUUAGCCCGAGAAUGUGCUUUUUCUUUACCAAGUGAAUAAGUUUUGCUUCCAACAACAGCUGGACCGUAGGGAAAUUAUCACGUGCAAUUCUAUCAUGGAUCAUUUCCCAAGCUUAAUAGCUGUAAUUUUUUUUUUC